AUGGCGUCGACCGCGACAUUCCCCGUCAUUAAACAUGUGAGGACGUUUGUGGUUCAGGGUGUGGGUUCGGGGGGUGACUACCACAAUGUCAAAGGAGGGCAUUGGCUGGUGGACAGUCCCAUCUCGACUCCGAUGGCCCGGUGGGAGCAGUACCGCAAGUCGAGAACGAGCUGGGGUAUCAACGUCUUGGGUUCGUUCUGUGUCGAAAUUGAAGCCAGCGACGGCACCAAAGGGUUUGCGACUGGGUUUGGAGGUCCGCCCGCCUGCUGGCUGGUCCAUCAGCAUUUCGAGCGGUUCCUUCUGGGCGCAGACCCCCGCGACUUAAACGACCUCUUUGAGAAGAUGUACCGAGGAUCCAUGUUCUAUGGUCGUAAAGGUCUCCCCGUGGCUGUUAUCUCUGUCAUUGAUCUGGCCCUGUGGGACCUGAUCGGCAAGAUUCGCAAGGAGCCCGUCUACAAGCUGAUCGGGGGAGCAACCCGCAAGAGGCUGCACUUCUACUGCACGGGACCUCAGCCAGCUGCCGCCAAGGAGGCGGGUUUCAUCGGAGCCAAGGUGCCCCUGCCGUACGGACCGGACGAGGGCAUGGACGGCUUGCUGCGCAACAUCGAAUUCCUCCGCAAGCACCGAGAGAGUGUCGGGCCGGAUUUCCCCUUGCGGGUGGACUGCUAUAUGUCGCUCAACGUCUCCUACACCAUCGAGCUGGUCAAGCGGGCCGAGGCUGAAGGACUGCACAUUGACUGGUGGGAAGAAUGUCUCUCGCCGGAUGACUUCGAUGGACAGGCCCUGCUCAAGAAGGCGCACCCGACGGUCAAGUUCACCACCGGCGAACACGAGUACUCCCGAUACGGGUUCCGGAAGCUGAUCGAGGGUCGCAAUCUGGACAUCAUCCAGCCGGACGUGAUGUGGCUGGGCGGUCUGACGGAGCUGCUCAAGGUGUCCUCGAUGGCGGCCGCAUACGAUAUCCCGGUGGUGCCGCACGCCUCGGGCCCGUAUUCCUACCACUUCGUCGUGUCUCAGCCGAACACGCCAUUCCAGGAGUACCUUGCCAACUCGGCCGACGGCCGGACCGUGGAGCCGGUGUUUGGCAAUCUGUUCCUGAACGAGCCGAUCCCGGUGAAGGGGUACAUUGAUGUGAGCGAGCUGGACAAGCCCGGGUUUGGCCUGGAGUUGAACCCGGCUGCUCCGUUGAUUCCGGGGUCUGCGCUGCUGAAUCCGGCGCCUGCGAAGAGCCUGACCGUGCCAGAGAGUGAGCGGCAGCAGCAGCAGCAGGAGCAGCAAGCCAACGGAUCUACCUAG